GGAUCAGCAGCCCCGGUCUCCGAGAUAAGAGCCCAAGACGGCAGGUGCGGCUUCCCAGCCAGCUCGGGCAAGAGCAGGUGCUCGGGUCACGCUGGCCCUGAUGUCUGCGGAGGCGGCCAUGUCUGCGUGUGACCCUGAACUUGGCAGAAGCAAGGGGAAGGAGCCCGCCAUGGGCGGUAGGUGUCAUGGGUCCUGGUACGAGCGGUUCCUGCAGCCCUGUCUGGUUGAAAUGCUGGGCUCAGCACUCUUCAUUUUCGUCGGGUGCCUGUCGGUCAUCGAGAACGGGCCGGACACAAGGUGGCUGCAGCCGGCCUUGGCCCAUGGGCUGGCUCUGGGCCUCAUCAUCGCCUCACUGGGGAGUAUCAGCUGCGCUGUGGGGCAAGAAUAUGAUGCCGGCGCCAUGGUAGCUAUCGUGAAGCCAAGAGGCCCAGCUUACCAGAGUGUGGCUCUCUGA